CCAGCAGCAGCAGCAGCAGCAGAGCACGGGGCAGCCAUUCCGCAAGCUGGGCAAAGACAGCUUCCCUUGUUCACAGGAGCUCGGCCACCAUCCGGGGGACCCUCAGGAGCCGCUGACACAGGGACCACCUGGCCCCCCCUGACUUGUACCUGGUGGAGUUGAGCUGUGACUUGCAUUGCCUUCUAUGUGAGGGAUCCACAUGCAGCAGUGAAGGAGGCUUCAGCCCUGGCUCUUCUUGUUCCCUGCAUCCCUGAGUCUUUUUCCUGCUACUGGACAUACAACUAGCCUGGAGUUUCCUUGAUGUGUGCAGUGCAAUGGAUGUGAGAUUUUACCCACCACCAGCACAGGCUGCUGCAGCCCCUGACACCCCCUGCUUGGGAACAUCUCAGUGUCUGGACCCCUACUAUUGCAACAAGUUUGACGGUGAUAACAUGUACAUGAGCAUGUCAGAGCCAAACCAGGACUACGUGCCAGCAAGCCAGACCUAUCCUGGACACAGUCUAGAGAAUGAAGACUUUAAUAUCCCGCCUAUUACACCCCCUUCAAUGCCAGAGCACAUGCUUGUACCUCUGUCAGAAGCAGAGUCAGGAUACUCCUCCCUUUGUCAUCCCAUGAACCAGAAUCGUCUACUUCAGUUUCAUCCACAAAAUCUGGAUUUGCCAGCGAUUACAGUAUCAAACAUGCUGAGCCAAGAUGGGUCUUUAAUCUCGAAUUCCCUUUCGGUGAUGCAGGAUUUGCAGAAUUCAGAAAGGAAUCAGUAUUCUUCUCACGCACAAAUGGCAGCUAUGAGACCAAGAGUCCAGCCUCAAGAUAUUCGGCAGGCGGCAAUGAUGCAGCAUGGUCAGCUGACUACAAUUAACCAGUCACAGCUCAGCGGUCAACUUGGUUUAAAUAUUGGGGGAAACACUGUUGCACAUAACUCCCCAUCCCCACCUGGAAGCAAAUCUGCCACACCUUCACCAUCUAGUUCAGUCCAUGAAGAUGAAGUAGAAGAUACAGCAAAGAUCAGUAGCGCUGAAAAACGGCCAGCCCCAGAUGUAGGAAAGAAGCCAAAAACACCAAAAAAGAAGAAAAAGAAGGACCCAAAUGAGCCCCAGAAGCCAGUGUCAGCGUACGCACUAUUCUUCCGGGACACACAAGCAGCCAUCAAAGGCCAAAACCCAAAUGCCACCUUUGGAGAAGUAUCCAAAAUAGUAGCCUCAAUGUGGGAUGGACUCGGAGAGGAGCAGAAACAGGUGUAUAAGAAGAAAACUGAAGCUGCCAAAAAGGAAUAUCUAAAGCAACUGGCUGCCUACCGAGCAAGUCUCGUAUCCAAGAGUUACAAUGACCCCAUUGAUGUAAAGACGUCUCAACCUUCUCAAAUGAUGAAUUCAAAGCCUCCGGUUUUCCAUGGACCCACACAGCAACACUCCACAUUGUAUCUCAACUCCCCAUAUCACCAACAGUCAACAAUGAAUCCACAUUUAUCUGCCAUGCAUCCCGGUUUAAACAGAAACAUAGCUCCCAAACCCACCAACCAAAUGCCAGUGACUGUUUCUCUAGCAAGCAUGGCUGUAUCUCCACCUCCAUCUCUUCAGAUUAGUCCACCUCUUCACCAGCACAUGCAUAUGCAGCAACACCAGUCGAUGUCCAUGCAGCAGUCCAUUGGAAACCAGCUACAGAUGCAAAGCCAAUCAGCUUUGCAUUCACCAGCAAUGCAGCAGGGAUUUACUCUUCAGUCAGAAUAUCAGAAUCUUAUCAGCCCAACAUCUACAGCAGCCCAGGUUGUUACUCAAGCAAUGGAGUAUGUCCGUUCAGGUUGUAGGAAUCCUCCAGGACAGGCCAUAGAAUGGAACAAUGACUACUGCAGUAAUGGGAACAUGCAAAGAGACAAAGCACUGUACCUAACCUGAAAGUAUGAACCAGGCAGAGAAAUUUCUUUUAGAAGAGGAAUGCAGGGACAACCCCUUGUCAAGGAUCGCAACCCGUGACCAUGACAAUUCUGCAGUUCAUUAGAAAAUACAAGUUGCUAAGCACUUAGGACAUUUACGUUUGUGGAAUAUCCACUCUGGGAAAAUAGUCUUGCUUCUUCUUCUCCAACUCCUUUAAGUAACGUUCCCCCUUCUUUACCGAAAAAGAGGAUUACUAAAGAAAAUUGGACCAUUCAUAUUUUAUAUUGGUUUUGCUGUGAAGUGCUGCACUAGUAAAGCUGCCUUAGCAACUGUAGUCAUCUCAGAUUAAAGCGUCCUGGAGUUCCCAUUGGUUUUCAUAAAGGUUGUUUAUAUAAAUCUACUAAAGACUUUCAUAAUGGCUUGAUGUAGCACUCAUAGCAAUGAUGUAAAUAGCAUGAGUGUCCAUUCUCCUAGAGUAUAAAAUGUGGAUGUUGUGUAGCUAAAUUGCAAUUGAAAUCUGGCACAUUCCAGGUGGCAAACUUUGAAAAAACGGUUAUGAUUGGCAGACAUUCAUAUUUUUUGCUUAUUUUUUAAUGCCUAAUAUGUCUAUAUUUUCAACAAAAAAAAAAUAUUUCGGAGAAAAAUGCUCUACUGAGAAAUUGGCUAAUUGUGCUCUGGGCUAUACAGAAAUCCGACAUGUUUAUUUUGUACCGCAUUAAAAUGGCUUUUUGUAUCACUUCUUGUGUAACUGUUAGUAAAUGUCAUUAUGUCCCUCUAUGUAUAAAACCUGCCAAAUGCUUAUGUUAUUUUACUAGAUGCAGAGACAGAUUGGAAACCGCUAAAUUGUAACCUUGAUACCUGGCUAUGUGUUAUAUCGUUUCUCCAUACUGUGUCUGUAUUUAAUCUUUUUUAUUUUAUUUUUGUUUUAUUUUAAUUUUUUAUUAAAUGGAGCCUGUUGCGCCUAUUUAUGAAAUAAUAAAUCUAUGUGUUUGUAAGUAAUUUUCUUAGCUUUUUAAAUAUGUUUCUUUGAUGUUUUCACAUUUUUUGCUGGAAAAAAAAUAUAUUGUUUCACAGUUCAUGUGAAUCCAUUUCCUUUCUACUGUGACAUUCAA